AUGGCCGCGUUGAUGCUGGCCGAAGCUCCUUGUGAUGGGGGUGUACCACCACGUGCCCCACCGCGUGCUCGACCUCGGGCCGAGAAGAAGUUAUUUAGCUUGGGCCAACGGGCCCAGCUGAUGUCGAGGAUCUGUUCGACCUUAGUGGCGCGCUUCUCAGCUGCUUGCCACGUGGUGAAGGUCUUGAGCUUGAUCUUGCGGUAUACGCGGGAGGGGAUGCCACUCAGGUACUUGUUGCGUAGCUCCAGGUCCUCAUACCCAGAGCAAUCCGCCGGACCCUUAAACAGCGCGGAGAAUUCUGCAGCAGCGGCAGUGAAGGCUGCUUCGUCCCUGAAGGGGGUUGUGACCCCUUGUACACCCAUCUACACUAAUUCUUGCCAUCGUAUCGGAGUGGGAGAAGGAGCUUCAGGGUCUCCUUGUCGGGGGUGGUUGCAGGAGAAGACAUUAUCGGCAUCGGGGGGGAUGGAGGACACUGCGGGGGUGGAGGCAGCUGUGGUGGCCCUCCGCUGGUCGAACUUCAAGAGGAGCGAGUGCUCGAGCAGCCUCUCGGCGGAGUUGGCGGUGAAAGCACCAAAGAAAGUUCGGGUCUGGAGGGAGAUCUCCUCGCGCUUGACUUGGAUUGGUGACGACAGUUUGAGGAAAUCAGGAGCUGGAGGAGACAGGGCAAAAAUGCUGCGAGGCGGAUCGAGACGCAAGGGUGCUGCGGGGGCCGAGUGGGUGUUGAGCCUGUCUGAUUGCCUUGUAGCGAGGUUAAUCCUCCGCGAUCAAUCGGGGUGUCCGAUUUGGGCACGGCUACUGCUUGCAACGGUAGAAAGCAGGCUCAGGGCCGUCUGGGAGGUAGACGUCGAUGAAAUCCUAAGAGUCGAAUGCGUGAACCUGGCCUUGACAGGCAGCCACGAUGGAUGGGGGAAGGACGGGGAGGAACCUAAGCCACGCAUCCAUGAGGACAAGUACCGCCCACUAAAGUGCAGUGUUGGCAAUGUAUGUACGCUAUCUACAUAUCGUAAUGUACCGUAUGGGUGCGCACCACCCGACCUAUGGGGAAGUAAAGGACAAGAGGUCGAAACUGAGGUCCCUAGGGCAGCAGAGGCUGGCUUGUAUACAGGGGAGGAUAAGGGCAGGCUGUGUGCACUGGACCGUGUGCAGCUGGGAACGGCGACCCCCUUCACUGACGAAGCAGCCUUCCUUAAAGCAUUCAAGGCCCGCUUCGGCAAUCUUGACGACACCGCCGCCGCACAAGUAGAGCUCACCAAGCUCUGCGCUGACAGAACCAUGCACAAAAAAUGCACUGCCGCCGAAUUCCUUGCAUUAUUCAAGGGUCCAGCAGACUGCUCCGGAUAUGGUAACCUGGAGCUCCGCGACAAGUACCUGAGUGGCAUCCCCUCCCGGGUCUACCAGAAGAUCGAGCUUGAGACGUUUGCCACAUGGCAAGAAGCCAACACGCACGCCACCGCAGUCGAACAGAUUCUCGAUGUCAGCUGGGCCCGUUGGCCUGAGCUGAACAACUUCUUCUCGGCCCGGGGUCAAGGACGUGGUUAUCAAAAGGCGACGCAGGGAGCAGUUGCACAAGACUAG